AACAGUAGGAGCUGAUGAUUUUAAAGGGAAGGGAAGACUUACAGAAACAAAAAUGGCUGAUAAGUGUCACAUUUGUUUGCUGGGAUUGAUCAUUAUCUGCUCACUUCUUACAGGUACCAGUGGAGCAGAAGUGACUCGUGUGUUCAGCAGUUCUGGUGAAAAUGUCCGUCUGCCCUGUAAUAAUGCUCUUUCUGACUGUACAUCAACUUCAUGGAUCUAUAGCAGACAAUCAGUGACAGUUGAACUGAUUACUGGAGGGAAAAAGAAGAAUAACAUAGAGAGACAUGAGAGACUGAGUCUGGGCUCUGACUGCUCUCUGAACAUUGAGAAAGUCACAAAAGAAGAUAAUGGAUUUUACAUCUGCCGACAAUAUGUGAAUGGAGAACAACAAGGAGCUGAUGCCCUUGUUAAUCUGCAUGUGAUUAAUGUCUCACUUUCUAUUUCAGUCUCUUCAUCCUCCUCACAGACUGAGAUCAGACCAGGCAGCUCUGUGACUCUCUUCUGUCAGUUGUAUUAUGAUCGAGUCUCUUGUGAUACUUUGGUCCGUACUGAGGGAGUUCAGCUGAUCUGGGUGAAUCAGGCUGGUGUGAAUCUGCAGACAGACUCCAGAUAUCAGAUAUCAUUCUCCUCAGGACAGUGUAUCAGCACUCUGACUACAACACUCCUGAAUGAAGAUCACAACAGAGAGUGGAGAUGUCUGGUCACUCAGAGAAAUGAACUGAAGACCUCAGUCACAUAUACUGUCAAGUAUCCAAGUAAACACGGAGAGGAUGACAGUCUUGUGUUCUACAGAUCUGGAGAAAAUGUCCGUCUGCCCUGUAAUAAUGCUCUUUCUGACUGUACAUCAACUACAUGGAUCUAUAGCAGACGUUCAGAGACAGUUGAACUGAUCACUUUAGGUAUAAAGAAGAAUGACAUAGAGAGACAUGAGAGACUGAGUCUGGACUCUGACUGCUCUCUGAACAUCAAGAAAGCCACAAAAGAAGAUUAUGGAUUUUACAUCUGCCGACAAGAUGUGAAUGGAGAACAACAAGGAACUGAUGCACGUGUUCAUCUGAAUGUUCUUCAGGUGUCUUCAUCCUCCUCACAGACUGAGAUCAGACCAGGCAGCUCAGUGACUCUCUUCUGUCAGUUGUAUUAUGAUGGAGUGUCUUGUGAUACUUUGGUCCGUACUGAGGGAGUUCAGCUGAUCUGGGUGAAUCAGGCUGGUGUGAAUCUGCGGACAGACUCUAGAUAUCAGAUAUCAUUCUCCUCAGGACAGUGUAUCAGCACUCUGACUACAACACUCCUGAAUGAAGAUCACAACAGAGAGUGGAGAUGUCUGGUCACUCAGAGAAAUGAACUGAAGACCUCAGUCGCAUAUACUGUCAACUAUUUAGGAAGCAAUGGAGCCGAAGAUACUCAUACGUUCUGCAGUUCUGGUGAAAAUGUCCGUCUGCCCUGUAAUAAUGCUCUUUCUGACUGUGCAUCAACUACAUGGAUCUAUAGCAGACAAUCAGAGUCAGUUGAACUGACUGCUGGAGGGGAAAAGAAGAAUAACAUAGAAAGACAUGAGAGACUGAGUCUGGGCUCUGACUGCUCUCUGAACAUCAAGAAAGUCGCAGAAGAAGAUAAUGGAUCUUACAGCUGCCGACAAUAUGUGAAUGGAGAACAACAAGGAGCUGAUGCACGUGUUUAUCUGCAUUUUCUUCAUGUUUCUUUAUCCUCCUCACAGACUGAGAUCAGACCAGGCAGCUCUGUGACUCUCUCCUGUCAGUUGUAUUAUGAUGGAGUCUCUUGUGAUUAUUUGGUCCGUACUGAGGGAGUUCAGCUGAUCUGGGUGAAUCGGGCUGGUGUAAAUCUGCAGACAGACUCCAGAUAUCAGAUAUCACCACCAGGACAGUGUAUCAGCACUCUGACUACAACACUCCUGAAUAAAGAUCACAACAGAGAGUGGAGAUGUCUGGUUACUCAGAGAAAAGUGAAGACCUCAGUCAAAUAUAUUGUUAAGUAUUCAGCUCCAGUCAAUUUAACACGGAGCAGCUCAAACUCUGAGAAGAAAUCAAGCCAAACUACAGCAGCAGCACCUACAAUACAAGAUCCAGCUGGCACAAAACCUGAAACUGUCAGUAUGACUGCUGGAUCAUUAUUCAGAGUGAUUGUGAUUAUUGUUGAGAUUGCAGUGUAUGCUGCUCCUACUGUGAUUCUUCUUCAGAUCAUCUGUGCAAGAAGAGCUGGUGAGACUUGAGCAUCACAAAAUCUGAUGAUUCACGCUGAUCUGUAACAUUAUUGUA